AUGAGUGCUGAAUUAUUAAAAAGUUCAGUCAAUCAAUAUCUAGAAGAACUACCUCAACCAGUUCAAAAUCGAUUAUAUGAAUCGCCAGCAACAUGUUUAGCCAUUUAUAGAUUAUUACCUCAACUAGCUAAAUUUUUUAUUAUGUCAAUGGUAUUCAAUGAAAAUGAGGUGAUGUUACGUGAUUUAGAUCGUUGGGUUAAAUCUAAUGGUAAAUUACAAUUCCAAGAAGCUAUUAAAUCAAUGAAAUCUUUACAUCUUUUAGUACCUGGUAAAAAUAGUGGAGCUGUUAUGAUUAAUUUGAAUUCAACUUUUCGAAGUAGUUUAAAAAAUGCAUUAACUGGUGGGGAAAUUAAUAAUUCUUUUGGUGUCAUUGUUGAUAAUGAUCGUGAUGCUGUUAAAGUUUCUAUGCUGGAAGAAUAUUCUACUAAAAAAUGGGAAACUAUAUUACAUUUUAUGGUUGGCACACCCUUAGCGACUACACCAUCAGAAAAUGUGUUAAAUCUUUUAAAACAUAGUAAAUUGAUGGAAGAGAAUGAAGAAACGAAUGAAUUCAAGAUCACCAACGAAGGGUUUCAAUUUUUAUUACAGGAAUCUAAUAGUCAGAUUUGGACUUUAUUAUUACAAUAUUUAAAAUUAACAGAAACGUUGCAUAUGGAUCCAGUUGAUGUAUUAAAUUUUAUAUUUAUGUUGGGUGCAUUGGAAUUUGGUAAGGCUUAUAGUAUUUCCAGUUUAAGUGAGACUCAAAAGAUAAUGUUGAAAGAUAUGAGAGAUUAUGGUUUAAUUUUCCAAAAAAAUUCUAAUGCAAAUGUAUUUUAUCCAACAAGUAUGGCUACCAUGUUAACAUCCGAUGCUAGAAAUGUUCGAACAGCUUCAGGUGCCAUUGACCAUAUAUUACAGAGAAGUCAAGAAACUAAUAAAAAUUCCAAUAAUGACGAUGAUGAGGAUGUAGAUCAAGUUGGUAGUAAUACGCAAGCUACUGCGGAUGGAGCAUUAAUAAUUGAAACUAAUUUUAAACUUUAUUCAUAUUCUAACUCUCCAUUACAGAUUGCAGUUUUAAGUUUGUUUGUUCAUCUAAAAACAAGAUUUUCCAAUAUGGUAACAGGACAAAUCACAAGAGAUUCAAUCCGUCGAGCCCUAAGGAAUGGUAUCACAGCUGAACAAAUUAUUGCAUAUCUAUUAACGCAUUCACAUCCUCAAAUGAGACGACUGGCAGAAGGAAAUUUAGAAAAAAAGUUGGAAUUAGAUCCAAAUGCAAAGGAUAGUUUACAAAUCUUACCGCCCACAGUGGUAGAUCAAAUCAAGUUAUGGCAACUAGAAUUAGAUCGUAUUAUUAGUCAUGAAGGGUCAUUGUAUUCAGAUUUUGAAAAUAAUCAAGAAUAUAAUUUAUUAAGUACAUAUGCUGAAGAUAUUGGAGUGUUAUUAUGGAAAAAUGAUAAGAAGAGGAAAUUUUUCGUCUUAAAAGAAGGAAAUUCACAAGUUCUGGAUUAUGCACAAAGAAAAUUAAAAAAAAAUAAUCAAUAUAAAAAUAUUGCAAACUUAUCUACUUUACAUAUAUAA